GCACCAGUGCAAUCAUGGAGGAGCUCGUGAAAGAGGAAAUAAGACAGUACAGACUCGUGUCUAAGUCCAAGUCUCUACGCAACUUGAAACCCCUGUACGCAGACCAGAUAGCCAAGCAAGUUAACCAUACAGAGCUCAAACAAUUGAUAUCCAAGAAAGUCUACUAUACACAGAAGAUUCUCAAGCUUUUGAAUAGCACCAGUAUACGAGAAACCAAAUCAGAAGAAGAUGAAGAUCCAUUAGAUCCCACCAUACUUACUGAGAGGUUCUUGGUAGAAAAGUAUGUUCAAAAUGCUCUUCGGAACCUGUCCACAAAAGCACAACUUAAGUCUUUGAUAAGAAAGCAUGGUGAUUUUCAGCGAUCAAGCGUACU